AGACGCGUGAUGGCUGGGACGGACCAAACAGCCGAUCGGCAAUCGGCGUCAUCGCGUGUCGCCUCCUUAUCGAUAACAAAACACGGCGUAAGGCACCGAACAGCUAAGACAUCAAACCAAAACGUUCCACGUUUACUCCACGCCCUUCAUAUACCCCCGACUCUUUUCCCUCCCCUUUUCCCUUACUCGAACCACCAAAAGCAGCUCCUUUUGCUCUCCACACACUCCGAGAAACCCGACCAGAGGUAUCGCCAGGGUUCUUCUUCCUUCGUCGGACUUCAAUCCGAGCGGAAGGCACCGAAUCUUGUUGCUCGCUUCGUCGCUCCUCUCAGAUCCGAAGCUUCGAAUCUCUUCCUCGCAGGUAGAUCAAAGCGUCGGAGAGGGGACAUGGGGAAAAACCAGGGAGUCAGGAUCCUUUUGGGCUUAACCUUCUCGUUCCUUUCCCUCCUCCUCCUGUACGCGUGGUAUUACUGUUAUCGGAGGAGAUUUUCGUCGAGGAGGAGCAAAGGCGGCUCCUUGGAGGACGGCGGUGGUGUUCGAUAUGGGGGAGAGGAGGAAUUGCAGGCGGAGGAGCUUAUCAAGUUCGCCGGAGGGGAGAGUUUGACGGCCCACGACAUCUUGGACGCGCCGGGGGAGGUGGUCGCCAAGUCGGGGUACGGGACGCUUUAUCGGGCUAGCAUUCAGAAGAGCAACUCGGUGGUGUUGCUCCGGUUCGUCCGGCCAGAUUGCGUUGGCCGGACCGAGGAGGUGCUGCCGGCAGUCCGGACGUUGGGAUCGGUCCGGCACCCGAAUCUGGUGCCGAUGAGGGCCAUGUAUGUGGGGCCGAAGGGGGAGAAGCUCUUUGUGCAUCCUUUCUAUGCCGCAGGGACUCUAGCACAGCUCCUGAGAGCUGGUGUUGCUGAAUCGCACAGAUGGGAUAUCAUCUACAAAUUGUCUUGUGGCAUCGCCGGGGGGCUGGAUCACCUGCACAAUGGGUAUGAGAAGACCAUAAUCCAUGGCAACCUCAAAUCGAACAACAUUUUACUCGAUGCUGAUUUCCAGCCUCGCCUCUCGGAUUUCGGUUUGCACAUCAUACUGAAUCCAGCUGAAACCCAGGAAAUGCUUGAAGCCUCAGCAGCUCAGGGCUACAAAGCCCCUGAGCUGAUGAAGAUGAAAGAUGCCAGCAGGGAGACCGACGUCUACAGCUUGGGGGUCGUCUUGCUCGAAAUGCUCACUCAAAAGGAUCCCAUCAAUAACGAUUUCUUGCAAUCGAAGGAUCUUCAUCUGCCCUCGUCCUUGAGAAUUUUGGUUCUCGAGCAUAAAGUCUCUGAUGUGUUCACCUCGGAGCUCCUAAAGGAGAGUAUAAAUCAGAAUUCUAGUAAUGAAGAAGGUCUGGUGAUGCUCUUUCACCUGGCAGUGGCUUGUUGCUCUCCGUCGCCUACCAUGAGGCCAGACAUCAAAACAGUUCUCGGGCGGCUCGAAGACAUUGGUCGAUGAUGAUCAUCCAUCCUGGGAGUGAUGGUAGCUAGCAGUAGCAGUAGCAGUAGCAGUAGCAGUAGCAGUGGUACCAAUUAUUGUUGAUGAUGUGCUAACAGAGGAGACAAAACCUUAAAUUUGCAAAAGUAGAUUAGGACCCAUUUGAUGUGUUGUUGGCUUAGCAAAUUUGCAUCCCUUGUGACUUCUGGAUCAGAGAUCUCUGCGAGCGUGAGGAACAUGUGGUUGUUGGUAUGUGCAUUUGUUUGGUUACAGAGGAACCAUCAUGCAUGAUCGAUCCACAAGAGUUCCAGUUGACAAUGUAUAGUCUUCCCUAAUGGGAUUGGGAAGAAACAUGUGGCCAGAUAGAUAGCUACAAGACAUGGACAAAUUUGAACUCUUGGAGAAAGUUAACUAGUGGGAGCUCAUCUGAAUCCCCUUUUGGUUGUCGUCUCUCCACCGCGGAUUAGCAUGAGUUGGAGAUCCGUCAUAAGAACAUGAAACCAGCAAAAUCCAAUGCAAUCAAUCUUUAUCUCUCCUUGGAGACUCCCAGUCUGAUGCUUGUGGUCCUCGGUCCCCUACUGUUCUGUCGAUGCAUCGAAGAAGAAGAAAUCAUGUGAUUGGUGCUUCUUUUAUCUUGCCUAUUAAAUGGAUUUGGCUAGAUGUGCAGGGACCUGAAACCUUCACUGCCACCUAAUUGUGGGGAUUGGUUUUGGAUGGUGUAACCUGUUGUUGGCAGACCUUCUUCACUGCCACCUAGUGAUGAGGAGUGUGGUUUUAAGUGGUGCAACCAGUUGCCAAGUACAGCAGCAGGUCUAAAGCACAUUGCAGGGACUCCCGUUGUUGCAAGGCAUUUGUGGAUUUCAUUCAUGUUUCCAAAUCCAAACCAGGCACUGAGGUGGGGAACCCACUCGGCACACAUGAGAGAUGAGAAGAGUCAGAGAAGUCUUGCAGUGCCAGAACAUGGUCUCACCCUUGAUGUGAAUAUGAGAUGUUUAUCUUUAACAUGCAAUUGAAGAAGGAUGGCUGUUCUCUAAAGAUUAUCUCUGACUUGCACAGACACAGAUCUGUCUCACCCAUCCCCAAAAUUUGUCCUCAGAUGAUUCCUAUUAGAGUGGCACAGAACAUCAACUUCUCUUGCACUGUGUGCUGAUUCGAAACUGGACACUUUUUAUUGUAUUAAAUGUAAUCUUUAGAUGUUAAAUGAUGGCCUUAACUUUAUUCAAUACCUACCAUGAUCAUAUUCCAGCAUACUGGACAGACCUGACUGCCGCUCCAUACAAUAGCCAGAGAUUUCCACAUCUAAGAUGUUAAAUAUUGAGGAUUAAGUGGUCAUGAUAGGAAGGCACAUUACCCAUGUCAGGCCAUGGUUAGUAGAAUAAUGACAUCCUGGUUUAUUUAUUUUUCUCUUAGAAUGCCAUUCUAAUAAUCUCUGAAUCUCUGUUGUUGGUGUCUGUGGCCUACGCUUCUUCGCCUCGGCUUGAGCAUGAACAAUAAUGACGGGGAUGGUCGUGGAAGCGGAGUCUUUCGCCCCCCCUCUUUCUGCCGGUGUUACGGUUGAGGAGGAGGAUGAGGACUCUGAUUCACUUCAAAUUUGCAUCAUCAUAUCAUAUAUGAUCAAGGUGUUCGACCGAGUGCCACUGAGCCCAACCGAGGAAGAGAGCGAGUCCGGCAGGCACCGAGUUGUCCGAGGGGCACGCCCGGCCCAAAAGCUCUCUCGCUCUCCGAGUCGUCUCACGAAGCAGGCGUGAGAGAAGAAAGGCUGUCUGUCGGUGGUGGCCUCAUCUGCCCCCCCUCCUCAAACCCCACACUCGUUUCAGGCUUCACUUGAUCCAGCAGCUCCAUCACCUCGAGAUUUCCGAGACCUCUUCCCUCUUCUCAUCAUUCCAAUUUGAUCUCAAAGCUGCGUUCUUUCCUGGGUCGAUGAUGUGCUGCUGAAGGAACAGAGAUGACGAAGAAAAGAGCCCCUUCCUUUCGUAGUACCUCUUCCAUUCUAUCCUCUGCUUCUGUGUAGAGCAAUGUCUCCUCAAGAAGAACUAUACUUGGGAUUUCACCCGAGCAACACAUCGAACGACUCUUUGACUGCAGAUCCCAUCAGCGGAAGUGGCGGUAAUAAUGAUUCCAAGUGAGGUAGGGACAGGAUAAGAGCUUGGUUUCUGGGUCACCUUUACUUCCAUCAACAACAGGCCUUCUUGCGCUACUGCAAAUUGCACAUGAUGAUGAUGGUGAUGGUGAUGCUGCUUUUGUUGCCGACUCAGUGGGUGACUCCAAAAUCCCUCUUCGCCAUCAUUCCUCUCGGUUAAUCCACCAAGAAUGCUGCUGAGCAUUGAAGUUUUGCCUUUCAUCUCUAUCUCUCCACAGCAACACUAUGGCUAUGUAUGAGAAGGCAUUCUCUUUGUUGGAUCUUGAAUGUCAAAGAUUAACUAUAAUUAAACUAUAGAUUGGUCUGAGAUAUUUAUCAUGGACUGGACAUGGCAGGCAGCACCACUCGGUCAGAUCUCAUUUAUUCCUCCUCUCUGGUUUUGGUGGAAUACUGAAAUCAUCAACCCUUGCUGGUCCAACAUCAAUCAAAGGUGUGAGUGAGAUCAUUGCAAUGCUGACCAAAGUUCAAACAACAGGAACAUCAACCAUAUAUAUAUAAAGAAUCUAGUUUAAUUG